AUGAAUUCUGUGCCCCGUAGUCUUUUUAAAAUAAAUGUUUUUGCCUUUUGUGGUAAUCAAACUUGUAUUUUCAAUUAUAAUUAUGAAAAAUGCAGGCCUCCAACCAUUAUACCCUCACGAAACACUUUUAUUCUGAAGAGAAAGUAUCCAGUAAGAUUGCGCCCAAAAGGUUUUGAAGACAGUAGGCCUCGGCUUAAAGGAAAAGAUUUUUGUUAUGAAUUAGUGGAAGAUACCGAGAUUAGGAAGCAAGAAAAAAUCCCAGUUAUACUUAAAGAAUAUAUUGAAGGCCUUGGAGUACGUGGCGAAUGUGUGUAUGUAAAAAAAUUUGUAGCCUAUACAAAGUAUAUUAUAACAGGCUUAGCAGAUUACGCUACACCAGAAGAAGUUGAAGAAGCCCAAAAAAGAAAAGACUUAUUAAAAACUAAAAGUUAUAGUUCACUAUCAGCACUAAGAACUAUCAAAUACCUCGAGUCAAACUUGUUGGCAGUUGUGAUGAACAAGGAUGUUGAAUGGACUUUAGAACCUUGGCACAUCCGAGUCGCAUUCAGAAAAGCUGGCAUACAUGUACCAACUAAUUCUAUUGAACUCCCAGAAAAACCUAUUAAAGGGCCAAAUUUGGACUGGGAAUCAAAAUAUUUUUGUGUUACUGUGACAAUCAAUAAUCAAGAAAAAGCUACUGUUAGAUGUAGACUUCAUCAUUGGAGCACUAAUCCUGGUGAUAGGCUGCCUUAUGUUGUAAACCCAUGGGCUUUACCACAGGAAGCUAUUUUUCCUGAAGAUCAAGAACGGAUUAGCCGACUCCCAGUUAUUAAAUUUAAAAAAAUUAAUACUUCUGCGAUUAAUACUUGA